GAUUUAACACUCUUCUCUUUAAUCAAAACAAAAAAAAAAACGAUCUAUAAAAUGCGUGCUGCUAUUUUCUUUACUUUGGUACUAGUUGCAGUUUCAGUGAACUCUGGCACUUGUGAAAAUGAUCAGGAGCAAGAUAACAUUGUUAUCCCAAGGGAUCUUUUCAGAAAUUUAUUAUUAGCUAAAAUCAAUAAUUCUGGAAGCUGUAGAAAACUUGGUGAACCAUGUUAUGUUUCAGAUGAGUGCUGUUCAAAACGUUGUUUAUUCUAUGCUCACAAAUGUGUAACAUAGAUGGGAACAAUAUGAAAUCACUGUUACUUAAU